AUGGAAGGAGUGAAUGGAUAUUCAUCUUCAUCCUCCGGUACAUCUUCUUCUUCAGAGUCAUUUUUGUCAACAAUGGCUUCCAACAAAUCCGACAAUAUCAAAGUUCCAUGGAGUGCCGAGGAAGAUAGGAUCUUGAUUCGGUUCGUCGAGAAACACGGACCUAGGAACUGGUCUUUGAUGAGCCGUUAUAUAAAGGGUCGAUCAGGGAAAUCUUGUAGGCUUAGAUGGUGCAACCAGCUCAGCCCCAACGUCCACCAUCGUCCGUUUUCACAAGCCGAGGACGACACCAUCUUGGCUGCUCAGGCUAGGUGCGGUAACCGCUGGGCCACCAUUGCUAGAUUACUUCCGGGGAGGACAGAUAAUGCCGUGAAGAAUCAUUGGAACUCGACUUUGAAAAGGAGGCAACACCGGAAAAUGGAGGGUGGGAUAGUGGAUUGGGAAGCUUUGUCGACGGUGCUGACUCUUGCGCCGCCUGAGGGUGGAACUAUGGUGACGGAGAUGAGAUGUCGGAGGAGAGAGAACAGACGGAGCUUUGGGAUGUAA